UACAACUCAAAUCUCUCCACAUCCCUCCACAACAAAACCAAAAAUGGCCGCCAUUAGUGGUCUCCAACAAUGAGCUCCUCAACACUUCUAUAACUUCACUUAUCCCCACCACCGCCUCCGCCGCACACGGCGGAGCUAGCUCCGGAAGAGAAAUUUAGAAGAAGAAGAAGAAGAAGAGAAGAAAAGGAAAUUACCUAGCUCAUCAAACUAAACACUAAGGUUUUUAUUGAUAUCACUUGACUUAUUGCCACCCCUUCUUUCAACAAUCCCAUCACCACCACCACCGCCGCCGCCGCACACGGCGGAGGAAGAAGAAGAAAAAGAGAAAGAAAACCAAAACCCUCAUCAAACACAAACAUUUUUCUUUGAUAUCACAUGCAAGAUCUUCAUCUCACAUGCAUGUUGUCUCCCUAGAGUGGACUUCCACCAUUACCACCACCGCCGUCCGCCGGCGCCAUUCUUGAGCUAAUUGAGAAUCAAGAAUCAUAAAAAAUGGAGACUAGGGCAUCACUACCUUCCCUCCUCAUCCUCUCUCUCCUUGUCCACUUAACCCAGUCUCUCUCCCCCGACGGCGAAGCCCUCCUCUCCCUCCUCUCCGGCGCCGACCCCUACUACAAAAACUCCUCCCCCAUCCUCUCCACAUGGAACCCCACAACCCCAACCCCAUGUUCAUGGCAAGGCAUCACAUGCUCCCCUCAACAAAGAGUCAUCUCCCUCUCCAUCCCAAACACCUUCCUCAACCUCUCCUCCCUCCCCCCUUCCCUCUCCUCCCUCUCCUCCCUCUCUCUCCUCAACCUCUCCACCACCAACAUCUCCGGCCCCAUCCCCCCCUCCUUCUCCUCCCUCUCCCACCUCCGCCUCCUCGACCUCUCCUCCAACUCCCUCUCCGGCCCCAUCCCCCCCUCCUUCGCCGCCCUCACCUCCCUCCAAUUCCUCUACCUCAACUCCAACAAGCUCACCGGCGCAAUCCCGCCGCCGCUCGCCAACCUCUCCGCCCUCCAAGUCCUCUGCCUGCAAGACAACCUCCUCAACGGCUCAAUCCCAGUUCAGCUCGGCUCGCUACUUUCCCUCCAGCAGCUCAGAAUCGGCGGGAACCCUUUCCUCACCGGGGAAAUCCCCUCCCAAUUAGGGCUCCUCACAAACCUCACCACCUUCGGCGCCGCCGCCACCGCCCUCACCGGCGCCAUCCCGCCCUCACUCGGCAACCUCGUCAGCCUCCAAACCCUGGCAUUAUACGACACCGAGGUCUCUGGCGCCAUCCCGCCGGAGCUCGGCUCAUUAUCCGAGCUCCGGAACCUCUACCUCCACAUGAACAAGCUCUCCGGCCCCAUCCCAGCCGAGCUGGGCCGCUUACAGAAGCUCACCAGCAUGCUAUUAUGGGGAAAUUCUCUAUCCGGCGCCAUCCCCACCAGCCUCGCCAACUGCACGUCGUUAGUCGUGCUCGACGUCUCCGCCAACCAGCUCUCCGGGGAGAUCCCCGGAGAGCUGGGACUCUUAAAAGUCCUGGAGCAGCUGCACCUGUCGGACAAUGCUUUGGCGGGGCCCAUCCCGCCGGAGCUGUCCAAGUGCAGCAGCCUCAUCGCUCUGCAGCUGGACAAGAACCAGCUGUCGGGGCUCAUCCCCAGCCAGAUUGGUCAACUCAAGUAUCUGCAGAGCUUUUUCCUGUGGGGGAAUUCUGUGUCCGGCACCAUUCCCCCGGAGUUCGGGAACUGCACUGAGCUCUACGCUCUCGACCUUUCCAGGAACAGACUCACGGGGAACAUUCCUGACGAGAUAUUCGGCCUCAGGAAGCUCAACAAGCUCCUGCUCCUCGGGAACUCGCUCACUGGCACGCUGCCACGCUCACUCGCAGCGUGCCAGUCCCUCGUCAGGCUGAGGCUCGGGGAGAAUCAGCUCACCGGUGAGAUUCCCAAAGAGAUUGGUCAGCUGCAGAAUCUGGUGUUCCUCGAUCUUUACAUGAAUCGUUUCGAGGGGAAUCUGCCUCCUGAGAUUGCGAAUGCUACCGUUUUGGAGCUCUUGGAUGUGCAUAACAACUGUAUAACCGGCGCCAUACCGUUUGAGUUAGGUAAUCUCGUUAAUUUGGAGCAGCUUGAUUUGAGUAGCAACAGUUUCAGCGGUGAGAUUCCUUCCACAUUUGGCAAUUUCAGUUACUUGAAUAAGCUUAUCUUGAAUAACAAUCUGUUGACUGGGGAGAUUCCUAGCUCCUUGAGGAAUUUGCAGAGGAUUACUCUGCUUGAUCUGAGCUCCAAUAGUUUGUCCGGUGUGAUCCCUGAUGUGGUAGGAUAUUUGGCUAGCUUGACCAUUAGUCUGGAUUUGAGUGGCAAUAGAUUCAGCGGUGAGAUUCCUGAGACGAUGUCGGGGUUGAGGCAGCUCCAGUCGCUUGAUCUUUCGUGUAACAUGUUUUCUGGUCGGAUCACGGUGUUGGGCACCUUGACUAGCCUCACUAGCUUGAAUGUAUCACACAAUAACUUCUCAGGGCCGGUUCCGGUCACCCCCUUUUUCAAAACCUUAACUGUGACUUCUUUCCUGGAGAAUCCCCAUCUGUGUGAGUCUGUGGAUGGGAUGACUUGCUCGUCCCGGUUUAGGGUUGGGAGCGGGUUGAGGUCGGCUAGGACCAUAGCCCUGGUGGCCGUGGUCCUGGUGUCUGUCGUGAUGGCCGUGGUAGCAGUCUGGAUCAUUGUUGCGAGGAAUCAUAAUAGGUACCUCAUGGAUCACAAGUCUGGCCUGUCCGGGGGAGCCCCUGGGGAGGACUUGUCGUUUCCAUGGACAUUCAUCCCCUUCCAGAAGCUCAACUUCUCGGUGCAGAGCAUCCUGGGGUGCCUGAGGGAGGAGAAUGUGCUUGGGAAGGGGUGCUCCGGGGUGGUCUACAAGGCGGAGAUGCCUAAUGGGGAGGUGAUUGCAGUGAAGAAGCUGUGGAAGACGAGGAAUAGAGACGAGGAGAGUGUUACUAUCAAUGACUCCUUUGCUGCUGAGAUACAGAUUCUUGGGCACAUUAGGCAUAGGAAUAUAGUGAAACUGCUUGGAUACUGCUCUAAUAGGAGUGUGAAGCUUUUGUUGUAUAACUACAUACCUAAUGGGAACCUGCAGCAGCUCUUGCAGAACAAUAGGCAGUUAGAUUGGGAGACAAGGUACAAGAUCGCGGUUGGGGCGGCCCAGGGGCUCGCCUACCUCCACCACGAUUGCCUCCCGGCUAUCCUCCACAGGGACGUCAAGUGCAACAACAUUCUGUUGGACAACAAGCACGAGGCGUACCUGGCGGAUUUCGGGCUGGCCAAGCUCAUGAGCUCGCCCACUUACCACCAGGCUAUGUCAAGAGUUGCUGGAUCUUAUGGGUAUAUUGCACCAGAGUAUGGAUACACGGUGAACAUAACGGAGAAGAGCGACGUCUACAGCUACGGGGUGGUGCUGCUUGAGAUACUGAGCGGGCGCAGUGCAGUCGAGCCUCAGGUAGGCGACGGGCUGCACAUAGUGGAGUGGGUGAGGAAGAAGAUGGGGAGCUUCGAGCCAGCAGUGUCGGUGCUCGACUUGAAGCUCCAAGGGCUGCCGGACCAGAUGGUGCAGGAGAUGCUGCAGACGCUCGGGAUCGCCAUGUUCUGCGUGAACUCGUCGCCGGCUGAGAGGCCGACGAUGAAGGAGGUGGUGGCUCUUCUAAUGGAGGUGAAGAGCCAGCCGGAGGAAACAGGGAAGACUUCAUCUCAGCCCUUGAUGAAACAGUCCUCAAAUCAUAGCUAAUUCAUCUUUUUUGUUUUUGGGGACUUUUUAUUUGUUAGUGUUAGGGAAUUUAGUGAUUGAUUUUCUUUCUAGAGGGAAUUUCUCAUCCUUGGAUUUGGACCUGCCUUAUGCAAACUAGUUCUUUUUUUUCCUGUACAGUUUUAGUAAACAUUAGAUUUCUCAAACUGGCUUACAUUUCCAUCA